CAAUGAAAGAUAUUAAUUAAAUUUUUGAAAAUACAAUAAUGAAAUCUUAUUCAAAUACGAAUCUGUCAAUCUGACGUUCUUUUGACGUUCUUGAGAACGCUCACCAUAGACAAAAGCGUAUGUUUUUUCUACAGUUACUAUAGAAUAAGCGAUUCUCUUCGUCGUGUUAAGAUGGCUAGCUACUUAUUCUAUUCUACAGUUUCAAACGCUGUGGCGUAAACUUUUGUAGAAAGAAACUAUACGAAACGUUUGUACUUUGUACUUAGCUAGUGUUAACAAAAGAAAAUGGCGUCAUUCUUCAAUCAGCUGUGAGGAUUCUGUUACCUGUUUUGCUUUAUUUUGUAUCAUUUUUUAUUAUUCAGUUUCAUUUGAAUAAUGCAUUCUCUCAAUAUGUUGUGGUGCGCUCAAAACGAAGAAAGAUGGCUUAAAAAGCAGGAAAGAGACUUUAAUCAUCAGUGCGUCGGCACGAUCGAAGUUAUACCGGAUAGUAUAUUUGUGCAACACUUCAGAUUAAAUAAAUCUACGUUUCGGUCUCUUUGUCAAGAACUACGAGUAAAAACUUCCUUGAGGGGUUCUCAGGAAAUUUCUCUAACAGUUAAGGUGUUGUGCGCUCUUACCUUUUUGGCGACAGGCUCCUAUCAAAGGACUUUUGGUGUUACCCAGCAUGUAGCCCAACGAACAGCUAGCCGAUGCAUCAGACAAGUCGUUGAUGCGUUAAACCACCCUGCUAUCAUGGCGAGAUGGAUAGUAUUUCCGAGAACUCAGCAAGAAAGAGGUUUAAUUAAACAAGAGAAAGUUUCAAAGAAGGUUUGGCUUGCCUGGAGUAAUUGGGUGCAUAGAUUGCACUCAUAUUGCUAUAGUAAAACCUAAUCAGGAAGAACAUCUUUUUUAUAAUAGGAAGGGACAUCAUUCCUUAAAUGUUCAAAUGUUCGAAUGCCAUUCAACGUGGCAAUGCUGCCAGCCUUUUGGGCACACUCCCAGCCGGCAGCGAUGCCGAUGAAUUUUUUGA